AUGACAAAUGGCUGCAACAAAACAAAGGCCACGGACGACGAUACGUCCAUUACGACACUUAAUACUAAUGGGACCGGAUCUAUUGGUGCCUCCUCCGCUGCCGACACCCCACCCAGGAUCAAUGGAAAUAGCGGCGCAUCUGUUUUAUCACAUCGCUCCGAACACAUCCGUCGAGCUAAACCACCAACAAAAAUUGAAACGACACCCCUCCCUUUGCCCCCAGUUCUUGUGACAACUGUCACAACACCGGUUGUGUGGGAGACACCGGGAUGCAGUAGUCAAAAAUCCAGAAAAAGCAGCUCAACUAAACAGCAACAACAAGAGAAACGAAACCAACAACAAAACAAAAAGGUGGAUGUAUUCGAAGCAACGUCCAAUGACGCUGCAUCAUGGCCGCCACUCAAACUGUCAUGUGAAGAACAACCAAUGAGCAACUUGACAGCCACCUACGACAUUAGGAGUAAAUAA